AAGAAGUUGAUUCAGUACGCUGGUUGAGACGGCGCUUAGCGCGGCAUAGUGGCAUGCAAAUAUAGCUAGUUUCCGUCGGCUGCUUUUACAAAGCUGGAAAAAGAGACUUUAACCUUUGUACCGUUGUUUACUUUACUUGGAAUGAUAUCUGAAUGUCUCAUGAGAAUUCUUUUAGUUCUGUGACGUAGCAGGGGCCGGUCGUCAGCACUUCUUUUCCGCGGAAAGCUGCUGCUGUAUCAACGGCGACAAGUUGGCACUCAUUGCGGCUUAUGGGAUCACUUACCUGUUCCGUCAAGUGAGUUUGAACAGGUAUUUGAUCAAACAGUUUUUCAGAAGUACGAACAAUGAGAACACCAUAGAAACUUUUUUCAACUUUUGGUCCUGAAAUUCACGACUUUAACCCAUCUAGUCACAAAGAAUAGCUUAGAAUUAUUUAUUUAAAUUUUUAAAGAAUAUAAAACGCCUUAUGCUCAGUAUUUUCUUGCUUCUGCCUUGUAUAUAAGCAAAGAAAUUAAGAAAAUAAUAUACAACUUUGUGAAAAAAGGCGUUUGUUGCUCUUGUUGUUUAUUUAUUGAAAAGAAAACUUUUUCAUCUCUAUCGUAAUGAAGUUGUGACUUUCAAGACUGAAGAAAGUGUUUGCCAUCUUUUGUCUUCACUCAGCUUUUGAGUUAUUUCACAAAUCCGUCAUCAAUGUUGAUUUCGGAAGACGGUAUGCAGACUGAGAACGAGAAAUCUCAGUCGCCCCAUGUUGUCACCAAACCGCAAGCAUGUCACAGGGCAACGGACUUUUCCAUCGCUGCCAUUAUGGCCAGAGAAAUUCCUGUGGGCUCCAAAACCAGAUCAAGCAUAUCGAUACCUGGAUCGGAGCCUCUUCCCAGCUCUGGCAUUCCGGAUCAUCACUCAUACGUUCCACCGCCACCACCUCCACUCAAACCACCACAGUCGCACCACUCCCAACCGGACUCUGGGAUCAUGUCCCCUCGUUCCUCCUCCGUUUCGUCGGACUUGGAUGAGACCCUGAGUCCUGGGCCUUCUCCCCGACCCGGGUCGUCCCGUCCCAGCUCGGCGGCGGGUGAAGGAGAUCGGGAUACGCGGGAGGGCGACUCGCCGCAGCCGGCCGCCACCCCGACCGCCUCGCGCUCCUCGCACAACCCGUAUGCGGCGGGCCUAAAGCCUCGAUGCAGCAGCGAGUCGCUGCAAGGCGUCGACUGCCUGCUCGAAAACAAAGACCUGUGGGACAAGUUCCACGAGCUAGGAACGGAGAUGAUCAUAACAAAAACGGGAAGGCGUAUGUUUCCAACUGUAAGGGUGUCCUUUUCCGGUGCUGAAGUUCACACAAAAUAUUCCGUUUACAUGGACAUUGUACCAGUGGACAAUAAGAGGUAUCGGUAUGCUUAUCAUCGAUCUUCUUGGCUGGUAGCAGGCAAGGCUGAUCCUCCGUCGCCAUCUCGGCUGUACUUGCAUCCGGACUCUCCUUUCACAGGAGAACAGCUGAAAAAGCAAGUGGUCUCUUUUGAAAAAGUGAAACUCACGAACAACGAGAUGGAUAAACAGGGACAUAUUGUCCUCAAUUCUAUGCACAGGUAUCAGCCUAGAAUUCACCUGGUCAGGAAAUCCGGAAGUACGACUCUGAGCUCACCUGCAGAAUUGGAAAACGAAGAGUUUAGAACGUACAUUUUUCCUGAAACCGUUUUUACUGCAGUCACAGCUUACCAAAAUCAGUUGAUAACAAAACUGAAAAUCGACAGCAAUCCCUUUGCCAAAGGUUUCAGAGACUCUUCACGGCUAACAGAAUUAGAAAGUUUAGAACUUCAGCAACUAAACAUGUGUGUCUCUUCCAGGGAGACAAUGGAGACGCUCAUGACAGAACACACUUACUCCAGAACUCCCUUAAGACCAUUUUUGGACAUUGACCGCGAAGAAUUGAACUGUUUACUGCUACGAGAGAAAGCAGAAAUGCUUGGACUAUCAGCGAGACCUUCUUUUUUCUGGAGGCCUCCUACACCAGGAUACCCUUCUGGGGAUCAUUACCCUCUCUUGGCAUCGCAGGCCGCUUGUCUGCCACCCCAUCUCUAUUCUGUAUCCCGCUCUGUACCUCCCCAUGUUCUUCAGCAGUGGACAAGCAAUCCGUCGUCACUGUCAGGAUUUAGCCACUACCAUUUAUUGAUGAACAACAUGGCGUCGGGGACUUGUCCUCCCCCCGUUGGUACUGUAAGGCCUUUACCUAGUCAUCCUGCGGCCACAGAUGGGCCACCUAACCAUCGUUAUAUGCCUUAUAUCUACGCCAGGAAGGACCAGACUAAUGGCAGUGAUCCAGAAGCAUCAUCUCCUAGUUUAAGAUGAAAAUGGAUGUGCUGAAGUCGUUGGUUCCAGACUGCAAAUAUCCGAAUUUUUGGAUAUAAACUCUAAAAAAAUUUGUAAAGACUUAUGAUCUGACAGUGAGAGAUUUUUGUAUGGCAAUAACUACCUGACACUUGCACUUUUAAGGCGAACUUGUAAAAAUAAUUGGGUACU